AUGAAAGAGGAAAAACAAAAAGAGGAAGAAGCGGUACAGGAGGAGAUUAAUAAAAUUUUGUUUAUCGAAAAUUUGCGAAGAGCAAGGAAGCCCUCUGUGCUUGAAUGGAUACAACAAAAUAAACUGGAAUAUGCGUUGAGCGAAUUAACGCAUUUGAGGGAAAACCCUCCCUCCACAUCAAAGGGAUUUAUGAUCAAUUUUGGGGAAUGGAGGCCUGUUUCUCCCCGAACCGUAGUUGGCGAAUUAUGGCCUUAUGACCGGAGUUUGGCUUUCGGGGUCGAAAGAGCUAGCUCCAUGACCUCCUGGUUUCAGGAGUAUUUUUGGGACGAGAGCGAGAGGAAUUACCUUGCUCGUGGAUUUUGGGCUCCACAAUCCUUUCGUAACCCAGUAUACGUCGGGGAUUAUUUACCGACACUGGAAUUGGUUGAGGGAGGAAUUUCGGAGGGUCUGCCUCCGUUAGUUUGGUAA